GCGAUACUGGCAUUCCGUUGUCGUGUUUUGUAUUUGUUCCUCCAAAUAUUUCCAAGUGACAUAAGUGGCGGAAUUGAUGGUGGAAAACGUUUAUCCUUUCUCGAAAAAUUGCAAUCCCUCUGUUGUUUAUCCGAUGCACAAGCCAGUGUACACGUUGUGACGCUUGUUUGAACAAUUUUAAUGAAUAUGGACAGUUGUGUAUGAACGCAGAAAGAGAACUUCCAUUAUUGGAGCUUUUCCCAACCCACUCACUGUCUGUGUAUACAUUGUGUGUACAUUGGGGCUGAGCGGAAAAAAAGUGUCACUGAGCAGCAUAUUAAAAAAACAGAGACUAAAUUUUUUCAAUGAUUUUAUCGCCGCGUUUGCUGAAUUAUCCAUUGAAGUGACUUUUUGCUUUUUUUUCUAAAUUUCUGUGAUUAGGGAAUUUGGCUGGAUAUUUUCGAGAGAAUGAACAGCACAUUUCUUUAAGGCGACUUGUACAGCUGUCGAGAGUUACUGAACGCUGAGAGUCCCGAAGUUCCUUACUACUAAGGAGCGAGCAGGAGGAAUUUGGUGACGUCGGAGAGUGUGAGAAAUUCGAUAUGAGUUUCUUCAGUUCACUUCAGCAGUAUGUGACGAGCGGUGUGGCGGGAUUAGGACUGAGUCCACGGAGAUUCUCAAUGUCACGUCAAGAAUCGACCGAAGCACCGCAAGACAAGGGAAACAAUUCACAUGUUCAUGGCUUCCCGAAAGUGGUGCCACAGCCAGGAGCUGCAACUCCACCGGCUCAGGCUGGCGGACAAUCCUCAUCGAGGCGCCAAUCGAGGAAUCUCGAGUGCCUUGCCCCACCGCGAACUGGGUCAUUUCGCCAGAGAAAUUCGCCAGUUCACACCACUCCGCCGGAUCGGCCGCCGCUGGUCUUCUGCCGACGGAGACUGUCAUGGCCUGAAAUUGAUUCUCGAUCCACUUCCGGAGUUCAGGAGACAGAUGGUUCCUAUUUUGAGAGCUUCACCGCUCUGGCAUGGAAGAGGGAGAAUCGUCGUUUGUCAUCUAUGCGAGCUGCCGAGGCGAGGGCGGAGACGCUUCCGGAACACGAGAAGGAUCUGCGCGAGGCGCACGUGGACGAAGAGGCCAAUCGGCCGGAGCACAGGGAGCAGCUUUAUGUCGAUGUGCUGUACACUAUUGCCAAUACAGUGGGCGCUCCGGCUCCAGGAGGGCAGUUUGCCCACUACAAGGAGGAGAUGUAUCUGCAGGCCCAGAGGGCAUUUGGCGUCUCGCCAGACCGCCACUAUCGACUGCUCCAUGCGGCCGCCGAGGAGAAACCCAAAAUUGUGGUGCUAUCAGUUGUGGUGCAAGAGGCCGAAGGUCUCGAGGCGAAGGAUGCCAAUGGCUUCAGUGAUCCCUAUUGCAUGCUGGGAAUCCAACCGUGCGGAGCCCCAGUGUCACCCCAACCGCCGCCGUUAACUCCGAGGACUCUGUCAGAGGCGGGCAUGGAUAAUAAUUUGGAUUCGCCGCAUGGAGAUAAGUUGCGGAAGCAUCACAGCUUCAGGCUGAGUUUUAAGAGGAAAGAGGGCUCCAGGCGUGACCAGCGAGAUUCGCUGAGCGGACCAGUGCCAGCCAAAUUUAUUCGCGCCACUUCCAUAAAGCCUCAUACACUUUGUCCGAAGUGGAAUGAGAAGUUUAAAUUUGACAUCGAUGACCUGAAUACUGAUGUCUUCCACCUGGACAUUUGGGACCAUGACGAUGAGAGUUGCGUCCUGGACGCCGUCUCGAGGCUCAAUGAAGUACGUGGCGUUCGUGGCCUGGGCAGAUUCUUCAAGCAAGUCUGUCAGUCUGCGCGUCAGGGAUCCCAGGAUGAUUUUCUGGGCUGUGUCAAUUUUCCCGUGGCGGAUGUUCCCUCCACGGGACUCGAGGGGUGGUUCAAGCUGGAGGCACGAAGCCAGAGGAGCACCGUUCAGGGGCGAAUCAAGCUGAAGAUGUGGCUGUCCACGCGAGAGGAUCGAGGCACAUCGGAGGAGGACAGCUUUGUGGAGGUGCGAAAGCUCGAGAGACUCCACACGGUGUUCAUGUCCCACGAACUGGCCACGCAUGAGCCCACAUGGACGUGGAGUGGAGAACUUCCUGGGCCAGCGCUGACGAUUCUCCAUCAGAUGGCCGUGCAGGGAGAUUUGUCGGAUUUGCAGUGCAGCUUGGCAAGAUAUGUGGCGGCGGUGAAGCUCAAUCGACGCACUCCAAUCGACCCUAAGUUUCUGCACAGAUUGCUCGUGGACUCGGACAAGCUGUGGAAUCAGCCUGGCCAGGAAGCUCUCACACGUGAUGGAGAUCAGUGGCUGGCCGACGCCAUGACGGGCUUUGUGGAGAAGUCUUUGAAUCAAAUCCGGCGACAUCGAGAGGUGUUUCCAGCUCUUCAUCCGCCAUCGCUGGUGCGCCUGGAAUUCCUUCUGCGAUGCCUUGGCUUGCUGGGCUCCAUGAAGGCCUUUCGACAGGUUUGCCCCUUCAAUAAGGGUGUUCGCGGUGAGAUUGUAGCUUCGCUGCGCAAGGGCUCCAUUCAGUGGGCUCAGCAUGGAUUGAGAGAGGCGCAGCGGAGUGGGAAUCCCAUGGUUCACUUCACCUCCACCCUGAUUGCUGAUCUUCAGCUUGGUCUCACUUACUACCACGCGCCCUUCGACAACACAAAUGGGAUUCAGUACUUCAGCAUCAUCUACAAACAAUUCGACGCAAUGCUGGCCGAGGAGGUGACAUCGAGGAUGGAAACGGGACAGAUGCCAGGGACAUCAUUGAAUCACUGGACACUGCUUGAGGGCGACAAGGAGCCCGCCGACACGCGACCAUUCGAGCUCUAUCUUGCCUUACAGGAAUUCUCAUCACUGAAGCAACACCUCUCGGUGAUGCCUCAGCCGCCUGAGAAGCAAUUGUCUCUGCAGAACUUCCAUGAAUGGUUCGAAGGUGCUGUUCAGCGCUGGCUGAGCGUCAGCAAAGCACGCGCCUUGAAUCGCGUCCGGGCAUCCAUUCAGCUGGAUCAGAUCUGCGAAGGAGAGCGAAUUGUGCGGCACAGCACAUCCUCAGUGGACACUGCCUCGUGCUUUUAUCAGUUGCGCGAAUUCUGGGGCUUGCUUAUGUGGCCGGACUUGAACACUGGGGCGCACUUUGAGGCUCAACUCGUGGAUGCCGCAUGCGCUUCGGCUGUCCACUAUGGCGAUCUCAUUCAUCAGGCGCUCGCGGAUGGCGGAUACUAUGAACAGUCGGGACCAUUUCGCACAUCGGACGACAUGUGCGUGACUGUGAACAAUUUGGAGUACGUGCGCCGCUCCCUGUCUGAAUUCCGGUCAGACGGCGGAACUCUGCCGGAGAGUACGGACGCCUUGCUGGAGUCGAGCUUGCAACAACUGGAGACGAGGGCGGAGAGAGUACUGGGGCGUCUGGGUGCGCUGAUGCAGGGCCCUCUGCAGAAGGCGGUGUUCCAUUUGGCCUGGUCUCCGGACACUCUGCCGACGAAUCAGGCCAUUGUGCCACUGCUGGAGUACUUGGACGUUCACCUCUCGGCUCUAAACAGCGCUCUGCUGACCAAGAACUUCAAUCGAGCUCUGACAAUCGUGUGGAACACCGUUCUGGGUGAGCUUGCGCGCCAGAUGGACACUGGUGGAGAUGGUGAUCGUCCCAGAGUGUUCCACGACCGUCUCUACGAGGCUCUGCACCUGCUCGUGGACUUCUUCAAUGCCGAGGGCCUCGGAUUGCACAUCGAUGUGCUCCACUGCGAUGGAUAUUGGCGCGUGGAGCAGCGCUUGCAGUAUCACAAGACAGACACUGACCAUCUCAUGGAUCUGUUCCACAUGCAGCGCCUUCAGGAGCAGCUCACCGCCACUUGUCCUGGUCCUUAUGGCAUCCUAGCCGUGAGAGCUUACUUUAAUCACGAUUCCCUGUGCGUGGAAGUUCUCCACGCCAGAGACAUCAUUCCGCUUGAUCCCAAUGGCUUCAGUGAUCCCUUCGUUAUCCUGGAACUCCUACCGAGGAGAGUGUUUUGCCACUGCACUGAGCAGCAAACCAAUGUUCACAAGAAAACCCUCAAUCCCAUCUUUGACGAGUGUUUUGAGUUCUCCGUAACGCUGGAGCAGUGCAUGUCCGAGGGCGCAAUGAUUGCAUUCACAGUCAUGGAUCACGAUGUGCUGACGGCAAAUGACUUCGCUGGAGAGGCUUUCCUGGCGCUGGGAAAUAUUCCCGGGGUCGCUGAUUACAGCACAAGUGUGGAGAAUUUCCACGGGCUGAAGCACGUGGAUUUGCCAUUGAUGCAGCAACACGAUAAGAAUCAUCCAAUUCUGCAGAUUCUGGAGUCGAGAAUUGGGGACAAACAGGCCGUGGAUUUCGUGAGGAAGCAGAAGGCGCGAUUGGCGGCGUAAUUCUUCAUCUCCAGCCCCCGAUGAGUUGGUGUCUUUGGCGAAGAAGCCCGGAAGGACGAGUGAGGAGAUGAAAAAAAAAACUGGGAGAGCACAUGAGAAAAGCUCUCCAUCAAAGGGGAAAAGCCGCUUAAAGAACUUCCCAUUGGCUUCAGCUUAUAAAUAUUGUGGGAAAAUGCUAAAAUAUUUACUGACUCUGCCUUCAACUUCUUCCCAAAUGCCACACUUCCCUGCUUCCAUGCCUUGAUGGCGUGUUUUCUAUAUUUAAACAACUGCAAAAGGAAUAUUCAAAAGUCCACUUUUACUACAGAGGGCGAAUUUCUUAUAUUGACGAUAUGAUGAAGAAAAAAAAAACAAACCAAAGACUAUCGAAAUGAGGAUUAAAAUGUCUUGCCUUCUCAAUUGAUAACUUUUAGCUCUAUAUUUGUGUGAUGCAAACCGUGCAGACUUCAAAACAUUGUGGAAGGCCAAAAGAAAACCUGUAAAUUUGUAUGAACUUUCUCUUCGGAAUCUAAUUAGCGCACAUGCUCUAGAAUUACAAAUUCAUUGGACAUACACAAGAGGCAACAGUGGAGAAGACACACACUUUUUGCUAUCGAAAAUUCUACCUAAUAUCAUCUACGGAUAUUUUCUUAUGAUAGAAAUCUAUGAGAGAGAAGUGGAAAUCACUAAAUAUAAUAGAAAAUAUUUGAGGGAUUAACAAAAGAUAAAGGAAUCAAUUACUAAUUAAUAUAUUGUACAAUUUAAGUAGAAUGGAUAAGAAUAUUUAUCUCCGCUCCGUCGAGUCGAGCUUAAAAUCCAACUAUCUUGCGGCCCUUCUGUUUGUAAUAAUCUUUUUUCGUGAACAUGAGAAGAUGUGACGCUAUUUUAGUCAGAAAAAAAAGAUAUGCAAUUUUUGGACGUGACACACUUUUACGAGCACACAAAUUCUAUACACUUUUUACAACACCAUACUGUUCUUAUGGGGCAAAACAGCACAACAUUGCAUUUUAUUUUUCGAAAAACUGUAUGAGCAGAAAAAUGAAAAGAAGACGUCUUUAUCUUCCAGCAGCAUUAACUUAUGUUUCUUGAAAACUCCAGCAAAAUGCAUCACUUUUAUCUCGAAGAGUUUUUGUAAAGUCUCGUAUUUUUUUAAUCUUAUAUACAUAACGUACAUAACAUAUUUUUCCUCCAAUGAAAGUGUAAUUAUUGUAAUCAAAAUAUUAUCUGAAAGAUACGAGAUCAUAAGAAAAAGAAAAAAAAAAUCAUAAGUUAGAGGCAAACUUUCAGCUGAAAAAUGGAAUCAAUUACUAAGUGUGUAAAAGAAUUAAUAACUUGUUGGGUAGUUGAAUGGCGGGGGGAAUGAGAAUGCUGGUUAUGAAAUUUGAAAUAAAUAUGGACAGAAAUGAA